AUGAAUCCUUUAAUGGACUUCGGUCUGUUGCUUGCUGAGGACUGCGCAGUGCGGACUGGUCCACUUGGAACAUCCGUUGCAGCCGUGGACAAUCCAGUUCGAACUGAGUUGCUCAAAGUACGAAUUUUUGAUUUCUCUUUUGGCGGUCUGAUGACAAUGUAUUUGUCUGAUGUAUUUGACGCAAGAUUAGAGGUAGCAGAGCUCACGAUGAUAGAAUUUGAUGCUGUUGCACCUCCGGUAGCACUUAGCGAUGUGCUUGGAUCUAUAGAAUCAAAUGAAUUCGAUUCAAGUUUCAGGUCGAUGGAUGUUGGCAUGGAGCAUGCACCUGGUCCGCGCAGACAAGUUGCAUCUGAUCCGAGUUUAUCAGUAGUGGAACUUUGCGGAAAUGUUGGAAUUGAUUUACUGUUAAACUGA